AUGACCGUAUUUCGCAUCAUCACAGGUUCAUACGAGCACACAUUGCUGUGUGUAUCGGUGACGCUUCCCGAUGAGAAAAACAGCCAGCCGCUAUUCCAACCGAUUUUCCACUUCCAAGCGCAUUCACUCUCGAUCAGGGCUCUCGAUAUUGCCAAAAGAUAUCUUGUUUCGGGGUCUAACGACGAGCACAUCAAGAUCUACGAUUUACAGAAAAGAAAGGAGCUCGGCACGUUGCUACAACACCAGGGAUCGAUCACCAAACUUGUUUUCUCGAAUGACUUCGACGAAAAGUCUGAGUAUCUGACCCACAAGAAUGGCAAAUGGCUACUGAGCGCAGCAGAGGACGGCAAGAUUGUGAUUUGGCGGACCAAAGACUGGGAGCAAUUUGGAAUUCUAAAGGGCCACACGGCAAGAGUGAACGAUCUGGCCAUCCACCCAUCAGGACGCGUGGCCAUCUCUGUGAGCGACGACAAGACGGUUCGACUGUGGAAUUUAAUGACCGCCAAAAAGGCGUCUGCGAUGAAGCUCAAGGGGGUCUUCACGCACGGCCAAUCGCCUAAUCUGGUCCGUUUCAGCAGCGACGGCGAGUUUUUCGUUGUUGGGCUGCUCAAUAGAUUGAUGGUGUACCAAACUAGAGAGGCCAAAAUCGUGGCUAUUUUCCAGCUGAAGCAGACGCUGAUGCAAUUAGAUUUUUUAUUGCUGGAUGGCAAGGAGUAUCUCGUUCUAGCGAAUGGAAACGGUACGAUACAGUUCUACGAUAUUGCACAAAUCACGCAGGGAAACGAGGAGACAGAGCCACUUGAGAACCCUGAGUUCGAGCUGCAGGGCCACGCGAACCGGGUCAAGGACUUCUCCAUCUACACAGAGAGAAAAGAUAACGAUACAAAGUCGUAUCUGGUGUCAAUUUCAUCGGACGGCAAGAUCGUCGUCUGGGACCUGAGCGUCCGAGACCAGGUGGCCGUUUAUGAUACUGGAGAGCGGCUGAACGUUGUUGCUACCGUCAACGAGAGCGUUGAGAAAGCACUUAAACCGCGCUACGAUCCGCUGCAAAAAGAGGUGGAAAGCGAAUACGAGAGCGACGGAGAAGUGGUUGUGCGUCGCGAGGACAGGAAAAAGAUCAAGAAACGGCAGAAAAAACUGCUCAAGGUGGAACGGGAGUAA